AUGAACAAGACUCUCCUAAUUGUUGCUGCACUAUCAGUGACAUUGUUAUCAUCAGUUGCAAUUGUUGAAUCUUGCAGUACUGGGUCUGUUCGUUUGGUAUGGGGUCUUGGACCCUGGGAGGGGAACUUGCAAGUUUGUCUCAAUGGUGUUUGGGGCUGGGUCUGUCACAAUUUCUUUAAUAGCAGUGCUGCAAAGGUUGUCUGUAGACAAUUAGGAUUCAGCACCACAGGGGCUACAAGAUUUACCUCUUCAUACUACGGUUGGGGUAAUGGGACUGUAUUGAUGGACUAUGUUAGUUGUACUGGAUCUGAAACUAAAAUAACCAACUGUGGCUACAAUACAGUUCUUACCAGUUCUUGUUAUCAUGGUACAUUAGCUGGAGUUGUUUGUCAAAGUGGAGGUACUUGUACAAAUGGUGAUAUUCGUUUGAUCACUGCAUCAUACAGAUCUUUUGGUCGUGUUGAGUUUUGUAUUUACAAUCAAUGGGGGACUAUUUGUGAUGAUGGUUGGGAUAGUUCAGAUGCUAGAGUGGUUUGUAGGCAAUUGGGGUUUGAUACUUCACUAUAUAGUUACUCUUGUUGUGCAAAUUAUGGACGAGGAUCUGUACCAAUUAGGAUCAGGAAUGUUGGUUGUUCCAGCAGUUACAGUAGUCUAUCUUCGUGCAGUUACACUCUCGGCUCCUAUCGUUGUUCUAGUUCUGAAGUAGCUGGUGUGGAAUGCUAUGGAAGAAUCACUAGCCCAUGCACUAAUGGGCAGUUUAGACUGUGGAAAUCAUUCAAUCAUACAGGACCCAGUAAUGAAGGGAUUCUAUUAUAUUGUAAAAGUGGAGCAUGGACUACUGUCUGUAACUAUGCAUUCAAUUGUUAUACUGCAAGACUAAUAUGUCAAGCAAUGGGGUAUCCUGGAGCACUUGAUACCAGAAGUUAUGGGUAUUAUGGUCAAUACCACACAAGUUACUAUGACUCAUACUAUUGGUCAUGCAAUUCUUAUCAUACUUCAAUAUAUCAAUGUUCAUACUACUAUCGAUCUAGAUCUCGGUGCUCCAGCUCAAGUGCAUUUGGUCUUAUUUGUUACUCACCUUCUCAAGGAUCUGGUACUUGCACUGAUGGUACUGUAAGACUAGUCAAUGGAUCUACUAGCAAUGAAGGAAGAGUAGAGUAUUGUUAUAAUGGGGACUGGGUACCUUCCUGUGGUAUGUCAUCAAUCACUGCUUCACUUGUAUGUAAACAACUAGGAUACAAUUCUACUUAUGGUAGUGUUUUCAAUGAUGAACGAUUUGGACGAAGCAACAGUAAGAGUUAUCUUCAUUAUAAAUCCUGCAGUAGCUCUCACCAAUCACUAUCACAAUGCACUGAUGUGAUUAGAAGAAGCUCAUGCGAUAUUAGUCUUGCAGCAUGUUCCACUGAAUAUGGCCUUCGUUGCUACAAUACUGGUUCAUGUACAAAUGAUGGUGAGAUUCGAUUGGUCAAUGGUACAAUAGAGCAAGAAGGUAGAGCUGAAAUAUGUCUCAAUGGAGUAUGGGGGGCUAUCUGCCAUAAUGGCUGGGGCACAUCUGAUGCUUUUGUAUUUUGUAAAGGAUUAGGAUACAGAGGAUCAGGCUCAAUUGCACGUUCUAAUGCUUAUUUUGGUGAAACAAACGGUCCUGUUUUGUUUAGUUACUUUCGUUGUUAUGGCUAUGAGUCUGGAAUUUAUAGCUGUUCUAAAUCAAGUCAGCCUAACUUCAACUGCACUCAGCAGUACACUGCUGGUGUGACAUGCAAGGACUCUUGUAGUAAUGGUCAGUUGAAAUUAAGAGGUGGAAAGUAUUUCAAUGAAGGAACUGUUCUUGUCUGUUAUAAUAACAUGUGGGGCUUAAUAUCAGAUGUUGCAUGGAGUGAUGGAGAUGCUAGAGUUGUCUGUAAUUCAUUAGGCUAUCACAAUGGAAUUGCUAAGUCAAUCCGUGGCUCAUACUAUGGUAAACCAAGGCUCCCUGUUCAUUUUAAGCAUGUGUCAUGUUUUGGACAAGAGCCUAACAUUCUACAAUGCUCAAAAACCAUACUCUCACUAGAUAAUGGUAAACUAGCUCUCAACACUGAUGAUGUAGCUGGGGUUGACUGUAUACAUGAUGAACCAACUGAAUGUAUUGCACCACCAUCAUGGAUCAACACUGCAGGAUCACAGUGCCAGUUUAAUGGUGCUAUCAGAUUAGAAGGUAGUGAGGAGGCAGGUACUGGUAGAUUAGAGUAUUGUUAUAAUGGAUACUGGUCACCAUUCUGUAAACUGGACCCUGUUGCUGCUUCUGUUGUCUGUAAACAGCUUGGAUUUGUUAACUAUACAGCUGCUUCAAUCAUUCCUACAACUGAUUUUGGUGUUGUUCAAAACUUUAGUCUCUUUAAUAAUAUUGUGUGCAAUGGAACUGAAGAUUAUGUUUCAGAUUGUGUAGUUCAAACAUCAGAAUGUAUUCCAUUGUGUCCAAAGAAUAUUGGAAUAAAAUGCUUCAAUCCUGGUAUGUGUACUACUGGUGAUAUUAGACUAGUUGAUGGUAUCAUUGAAAAUGAAGGAAGAAUUGAAAUAUGUACUGAUGGAGUCUGGGGAGCUGUCUGUGAUGAAGGAUGGGGUAAAACUGAUGCUCACGUUGCCUGUGCACAGCUAGGACAUCCUGAUAAAGAGCCAGUAGUGUUUCGUAACUCAACCUUUGGUGCUGGUCAGUAUCCAGUUGUACAUUCUAAUUUUUCUUGUGGAGGAUGGGAAUCUAGUUUAACUGAGUGUGGCAGUAUAGUCUAUCCACAGUUUAACUGUUCCAGGAACAAUACUGCUGGAGUAUUGUGUGGAUAUGAUUGUGAAGAUGGUGAGAUACGAUUGGUAGGUAGUGAAUCGAACUAUGAAGGAACAGUUGAGGUUUGUCAUGACCAUAUUUGGGGCCUUAUCUCUGAUUCAAGUUGGAGUACUCAAAAUGCUGAAGUAGUGUGCAGACAAUUAGGAUAUGAAAUAAAAGAAACCAUUUCAUUUAAUGACUCAUACUUUGGUAAACCAGCGAACAAGACAGUACACAUAUCAGAUAUAGACUGCACUGGCCAUGAGAGAACAAUCAGUGAUUGUACAAGAACAACUCUUUCCCUAGAGGAAGGAAAGACUAUGAUACCUCAGACUAAUGUAGCUGGUGUGAAGUGCUAUACUCCUGAUCAAUGCAUUCCUCCUCCAACUGGAGGAGUAUCAUGUACUAGUGGACGCAUUAGACUAACUGGUGGUAGGUCUGGUGUUGCUGAGGGGAAUAUAGAGUACUGCUAUCAUGGAUCAUGGUCACUGUUUUGUUCACUUGGACCACAAGAAGCAGUAGUAGCCUGCAGACAGCUAGGAUAUGAGCAAUAUGAUAUAACAGCAGUGUUUAAUGAUGGAAGAUUUGGAUUAUCCAGUGUCAAUAGUUUAUUUCAGAAUGUGUCAUGUAUUGAUGCUCCAACUGCUACAUCAUUAAGUGAAUGUGAUCUUGUUGAUAAAUGUCAAUCAAAGUGUCAGUACCCCAUUGGUCUAUGCUGCUAUGAAUCAACUGGUGGGUGUGAAGAAGGAUCAGUGCGUCUUGUUAAUGGCAGCACAGGAGAGUCUGGAAGAUUGGAAGUCUGUACUAAUAAUAUUUGGGGGAGUGUAUGUGGCAGAGGGUUCAGUGUAACUGAUGCACAUGUAGUGUGUAGACAAAUGGGCCUUGAACUUGGAGAAUCUGAACCAAUUGUGUAUACUGAUUCAUACUUUGGUGAUGGUAAUAAAGCUAUCAUUUAUUCUGAUUUUAAUUGUGGAGGUUCUGAAGAAACUCAAUACAGUUGGAAUCAUCUGCAGAGAUAG